CGCGAUAACGAUAGCACUCUUCGCUCUUUGCCACGAAUGGCAAGUUUGCAAUUUCGUCGCAUUCAAUUUCUUGUGGUUAUUUGUGCGAAAAUAAUACAAAAAGUUGUCACAGUAGUGCGGCACAAAUAAUUUUGGACAUCCAGAUUAAAGUUAACACAGCGAAAGGGUAACUUGCUGCUUUUAAACAGAAAUCAACAACGCCAAAAAACACCGGCAGGCUGAACAGAAGAGAUGACGCUUGACGUGGGCGGCGUCGCCCGGGGAUUGCUCACUUGGGAAAAGCAGGAGCACCUGGUCAAAUUGGCUAUUCUGAUUCUGGCAGCGGUCCUGUCAUUUGCCACGCGCUUGUUUUCCGUGCUGCGAUUUGAAAGCGUUAUCCAUGAGUUCGACCCGUACUUCAACUACCGCACCACGCGGUUCCUGGCGGAGCAGGGGUUCUACAAGUUCCACAACUGGUUCGAUGACCGCGCCUGGUAUCCAUUGGGCCGCAUCAUCGGCGGCACCAUCUAUCCCGGCCUGAUGCUCACCUCGGCGGCCCUGUACCGCUUGAUGUGGCUGCUCAACGUGACCAUCGACAUCCGGAACGUGUGUGUCUUCCUAGCACCCUUCUUCUCCUCGCUGACCACGCUGGUGACCUAUGCUCUCACCAAGGAGAUUCACAGCACUGGAGCCGGUUUGGUGGCCGCCGCUUUGAUCUCUAUCGUUCCGGGGUAUAUCUCCCGAUCUGUGGCCGGAUCGUAUGACAAUGAGGGCAUCGCCAUCUUCUGCAUGCUCUUCACCUACUACUUGUGGAUCAAGGCUGUCAAGACAGGCACGAUCUUUUGGUCAGCCAUGUCGGCCCUGGCCUACUUCUAUAUGGUAUCCUCUUGGGGUGGCUAUGUCUUUCUGAUCAACCUAAUUCCGCUGCACGUUUUGGCUCUGAUGAUCACCGGACGUUUCUCGCACAGGAUCUACAUAGCGUACAGCACGCUCUAUUGCGUGGGCACAAUUCUGUCCAUGCAGAUAUCCUUCGUGGGUUUCCAACCCAUUCAGAGCUCUGAGCACAUGCUGGCAUUAGGAACCUUUGGUCUUUGUCAGAUUCACGCAUUUGUGGACUACUUGCGCUCUCGCAUUCCCAAGGAUCAUUUCGAUCUGCUCUUCAAAACUUUGGUUUCUAGUGUGUUGACUGUGGUCUUUGUAGUGGGAACCUUGCUGACACUAACAGGAAAAGUGUCUCCCUGGACUGGCAGAUUUUACUCGCUACUGGAUCCGUCCUACGCCAAGAAUCACAUUCCAAUUAUUGCUUCGGUGUCGGAGCACCAGCCUACAUCCUGGUCGUCCUUCUAUUUUGAUCUGCAGAUCCUGGUAUUCCUCUUUCCCGCCGGACUGUAUUUCUGCUUCUCCAAGCUCACGGACUCGAAUAUCUUCAUUAUUUUGUAUGGCGUAACCAGUAUUUAUUUUGCCGGUGUGAUGGUUCGACUGAUGCUGGUCCUGGCGCCCGUGAUGUGUGUUCUGUCUGGUAUCGCCAUUUCGCAUCUUCUGGCCAAGUAUAUCAAGAGCGUGGAUGCGGGUGGAUCAGCGCGGCAGGGUGUUGAGAGCAAGCGGCAGCACAAGAAGCUGGAACAGCAAACUGGCGGGGUGAAGAGCGAGGUGGCAAUUGGAUUUGUGGGUGUAAUCACACUAAUGCUAAUUGUCUACACGCUGCACUGCACCUGGGUCACCUCGGAGGCGUACUCCUCGCCCAGCAUUGUGCUGAGUGCCAGGUCGCACGACGGCGGUCGCAUUAUCUUCGAUGACUUUCGUGAGGCGUACUACUGGCUGCAAAUGAACACUCCGGAGGAUGCCCGCAUUAUGUCCUGGUGGGAUUAUGGCUACCAGAUAACAGCUAUGGCCAAUCGCACGAUAUUGGUGGACAACAACACUUGGAACAACACGCACAUUUCGCGGGUUGGCCAAGCGAUGGCCUCGUCGGAGGAGAAAGCCUACGAGAUAAUGCGGGAACUGGAUGUGGACUAUGUCCUCGUGAUAUUCGGUGGACUCACUGGCUAUUCGUCGGACGAUAUUAACAAGUUCCUGUGGAUGGUGCGCAUUGGCGGCAGCACGGAUCGUGGGGCGCACAUCCGUGAGAAGGAUUACUAUGCGGCCAAUGGAGAGUUCCGGGUGGACAAGGAGGGCUCACCCACUUUGCUCAACUGUUUGAUGUACAAGAUGUGCUACUAUCGAUUCGGGCAAAUGUACACGGAAGGCGGCAAGGCGCAGGGCUACGAUCGCGUCCGAGCGGCCGAGAUCGGCAACAAGGACUUCGAACUGGAUGUCCUGGAGGAGGCCUACACCACGGAGCACUGGCUGGUGCGCAUCUACAAGGUCAAGGAUCUGCCAAAUCGCGGCGUCUGAAGAUGAAGAUGAACUCAAUAUCAUUCCACUCUAUUCUGUGUUCUGUACAUUAACAUUAACUCGCUCUCUGUCUCUGUCUAUCUCGAACAUUCGGUAAUCUCUAUGGCUCAACGAGUAUUAAAACCUGCUUUCGCCGCCUUGCAUUUAGUUUUAUACACUUGCACGCGAACCAUUUAUUUUUUUAAUACAUUAUUUUAAAAAUGUCUGAAGUGUACCACAUGCGUGUAGCUCCUUAAACAAGAAACCAGUAUGUAAGCGAUCGAAUGAAAUAUAUAUUAUACAAAUGUGAAAAGUGA